AUGCAAAAAAAUGCCGCUGUGUUGACUGUCGUUUGCGUAAUGCUAUGCCUCACUUUCAAUUAUACAUUUCCGCUACACAGGGAAAUGUCUGGUAGUGUCAACUCUUUUUACCCUAAUCAAACCGAGCAAUGCAAUAUUCCCGUUCAUCACAAAACCAUAGUGGAAAGAAGCAAAAAAAUGGCGGCAAACAUUGAGCAAGCGUUCAAAAGAAUAAGGGACUCUACACAAGACUUCGGGAAAAACAUUUACGAACGUGUAAACGGUGUAUCUAGAAGAGAUUUAGAGAAAAACCUAUCAAGCGAAGAUGGUUUACGACAUUUCGAACAACUAGUUAUUAUGAAGAAGAAUCCAUAUUUAGACUUAAAAGAAGUAGAACUGGAGUACAGGCCGUCUGGUAAGUUAAUGAAUGUUAGGCAAAGCUUAAAAUUCGUAGAACCAAGUUUUAGGAAUGAUCCUGGUGUAUAUGAACCUUUAGAAGAUGGGCCUAAUGUGGAAAUAAGUAACAGAGGUCUUUCUGGAUUUUCAAUACCUUCACAAUUGUUAAUGUCAAAACUCACAAAAGAAAGUAAGGAUGAAAAUGUUGCGAAAAUAACUACAAAAUCUCCACUAAAGGAUGUAUUAGGAAGUUUAAAUGACGACGUUAGACAGUAUGUAGACUGGAAGACUAGUAGGAAUGUGUAA